ACGUAAUUGCGUAUAUACGACUUCACACACAAACCACAUUGCCCCAAUACCUCUUUCUCUCUGCUUCCAAGAAAAAAGAUUUCGAUUUACAGAUAAGAAGAUGAAUAUGUUCUCCACAAGAUUGUUUUCUGAGCAGGAAUUAGAAGAAAGUAGCAUCAUUCAACAAUAUGGCAUGAACACAAUAAUGGGAGAGAUCCAUGAACCUCACCACACGCCUCCAUACUCUUUCUCAACUCUUAUGACCACCACAAAUGAUCCUUCUUGUGAUGAUUUGAUCGAAAUGAAACCAUCAAAGAUCCUCGAGACAACUUACAUAUCACCAAAAUUGCAACCACCACCCUCUUUUCAUUUUCCUCCUAAUUCAAAGCCUCAUUUUCAUCAUCAGCCUUCCUCAAGAAUUCUCUCUUUCCAGAAUGCUGCUCAAAAUGUGACGGAUCAUGAGCACUCUUCCACCUAUCUAAACUCAAUCGUUACCCCCAAAGAUGAGGCUGAAGUGCCACCAAACUGGAUGAGUGAUAAAGGGACGAAGAGGGCUCAAUCUUUGUAUAGAAGCCAAUCCAAUGCUCAAGAUCACAUAAUCGCAGAAAGAAAACGAAGAGAGAAACUUACUCAAAGAUUUGUAGCUCUUUCUGCUCUAGUUCCUGGCCUGAAAAAGAUGGACAAGGCUUCUGUGUUGGGAGAUGCACAAAAGCAUAUAAAGUAUCUCCAACAAAAAGUGAGAGAGUUUGAAGAACAAAAGAGAGAAAGAAGAUUAGAAUCAAUGGUUCUUGUGAAGAAAUCUAAGCUGAUUUUGGACGAUAAGAAUCAAUCAUCUUCUUCUUCAUGUUGUGAAGAUGACUCCUCGAGCUUAGACCUACCCGAGAUCGAAGUAAAAUUCUCAGAUAAAGAUGUUCUAAUCAAGAUCCUUUGCGAGAAGCAAAAGGGUCAUAUUGCCAAAAUAAUGGCCGAGGUUGAGAAAUUUCCUUUCUCAAUAACUAACUCAAGUGUUUUUCCCUUUGGACCGACACUUGAUAUCACCAUCAUAGCUAAGAAGGAGAGUGAUUUCAACAUAACACUCAUGGAUGUUGUAAAGAGUUUGAGGACUGGUUUAUCGAAGUUCGUGUGAUUGUUUCAAAUUGUAUGCUACACGUCGAUUUAUUUGGGAGAUUUGUUGUAUAUAUUGAAGAGUCAAAUAAGUGCUUUUGCCAUGAAAAUGUUUGUUUAUUUGAGGAAUUAUUUC